GGCGACAUAAAUCCCCGCGAUAGUCUCCUCUUUCACCGAGAAGCGGACAGGAGUUACCCCGGUCCCUCUCCCGGGCUAGCAGGGACGGUAUACGACUUUGGAUCCCCGGGGUUCGAGCCUAUCACCCUGUCCAGCCGAUCAUCAUUGGGCUAUCUCUUGGACACACAGACAUCGACUCCAACUCGGGGCCAACUCCCAAGUUCCCAGCUCCAUAUUUGCACAUGCCAGGAGGUGGUCUGAGACAUUGCAGGUCUCUCUAUCGAUGGCAGCUGAAUCGCGGCAUCUCCAAAAUGGCAGAAAUCCCAGAAUGCCUGCCGCCCUGGCCCGCGACAAGAGGAAUGCAGUGCCGCCAAAUCCAUGCGCCGUCAGCGCGCCAGCGUGCCAGCAAAGCCGGGAGAUUGCCGUCAUCUGCGCGUCGAGAAUAACGUUGCGUCCCUAGGCUGGCAGACCUCCAACACCGCAGACUGUCCACUGCCUGCCACCCUCCUCUCCUUUUUCCCACCUUCCGGGUGUAGUUUAACAUGACGAAUCGAAGGGCCCGUUAGUUCGUCUAAACCUUCAUAACGACACGCGGAGCCGUCCCGGCAUAGCUUACACGCUACGGCUUUUCCGCUAGUAAACAAGGUGUCACUCCCCAUUUGCCAAUUCGUUAGGUCGUCAUGCAAGUGUACAAAAACUGCACAAAGGGUGUCAUCAGAGAAGAAGCCACGACCGUUGUGCUAGUUCCGCCCAGCUGUCUUCCUGUCUUCCGAGCAGUCUACCGCGCGCACGGCUCCUGCAUUGCGUUCUUUCUGCCCAAAGGUAAUCGACAGUAUCCUUGGAAAUAGAUUCGUCGAUCCCACAGUGGUCUCCACGUCUAAGCCAUAUGAGACACGGAAUAUCGAAAUCCUGAGGGUCCCUCGAGCGUGCGAGGCGUGCUAGUGUAGCAGUCUUUGCGGGCAGCUCCUCCUCGUCGAUGUCUCACACCCUCUCUAUGUUCUGCCCCUUUCUCGAGCCACACCCGCGCAUAGGUGCCCCUUCGAUCUAAGACCAGUCAAGGCUGGCAUAGCCAAGCUUUCGUCAAUAUACAAAGACAGCAUCCCUCGGCGUUUAGAUUUCCAUGCUUUUCGUCGUCCGACGUCCCACACCUAUCCCCAUCAUCAGCCGCCGUUGAAGGGAACGAAAAAGCACAUUGCCACGUGCCAGUCCUCGUGGACUCUCGAUGCUUCUUAAUUCCACUACCAACCAAGCAUAGCCGUCAACAUUUUUCAGGGAGAGUUCACAGGCAGCAUGGAGGUCCCUCCAGGAAUGAGCCCGGACGAUUCGCGGGUACCAAUCGUCGUUGGCGUCACGAGCUUUGUGCUUUCAGUUGCCUUCUUGGCUGUAUCAAUACGAGUGUACACCAGAAUAUUCGUGAUACGGCAAUUUGGUAUGGAUGAUUGGGCAUCCGUUUUUGCUUUUCUGUUGGUCCUUGGUUGCGGCUUGGCUGUCGCACUGAACACCAGAAAUGGCCUCGGUCAUCAUGUUUACUUUCUUACAUCGGAACAAAUUCAAGACUACAUGAGGACAUUCUACGUCACCAUUGUAUUCUACAAUGCAGCAUUGGCUGGUAUCAAGAUGACCUUCCUUUUCCAAUACUACCGGGUCCUGGCCGUCCAAAAGAUGAAGAAGGUCUUCAUUGCGGCGAUGGUAAUAGUCGGCGCAUGGAGCAUUUCGCAGAUCCUUGUCGAGAUCUUUAUCUGUACCCCUAUUCCAGCAUUCUGGGAUAAGACUAUUGAUGGCAAAUGCAUCCCGAACUACCCCCAGUGGUACAUCAACGCAGCAGGCAACAUCAUCACCGACAUCAUUGUAUUCGUGCUGCCGCUGCCAGUUAUUCACCGACUGAAUCUAGCCCGAGGCCAGAAAUAUGUCUUGCUUGGAAUCUUCUGUCUGGGCUUUUUCACAUGUACCAUAUCCUUCAUCCGGAUCCGAUUCCUCAAGCUCGAAGAAGACUUUACUUGGCAGAAUGUCGAGACCGCCGGCUGGUCCAUCGGCGAACUCUGCUGUGGACUCGUCUGCGCUUGCCUACCGACGUUCCGACCCUUGGUCUCUCGAUUCAUUCCCGCCCUGUCGAGCCGUAUUGCGAAAUCCUCGAAAUACCACAAGAACGGAGACUAUUCUGAAAACACCGAAAGUACCUCACGCCACCGCGAUCCCGAGCUUGGUGGUGCACUUGGCAACCCGAACCACUACUCUGCCCGCUACUCGAAACGACGGACUGGCUCGGCGGACAGCAAGGCUGAUCUGUAUGGCAUCGCCAGCUACGAUUUGAGCCAUUCUGAUGCGAGCCGCGAGACAGGGCUCCCCAUCCAAGCCUCGAGAGAUAGCCCGGAUUUCACCAGUCAGAUCGAUAAGAUGCCGUCUCCAUUACGGCAGCAGGAGUCUAUCGAAUUGGGCGGAUAUAGACCAAACCACCACGCCAUCGUCGAAACAAGAAUCGAAGCGGGAAGGAGAGUCUCUGAUGACGAGAUCGAGCUGCAGCCAGGAGCGCCGAUCGAGGUUAAGUGCGAUAUUGUGCAGGUCUCUUCCCAGAAAGUUGAGACAAGGGGUUUCUCAUGAGUCAGUCCCUCUACAGAUAGGGCUGUAUUGAUACGAAGAAACUUUGAACCAUUCAGAGACGGCCUAUUAAGCCCAGAGAUUAAGUUGGCGUUGGAGAUAUCACUCUUUACUUACUAGAUACCAUUUUCUUUACUAUUCAACAUGGGCGGCUGAUGUGGGACACUGGCGUGGGCUCUUGGCAAG